GUGACUCCCGUAAUAUUUGCACCUGAAAUUAUGGCCUAACCCUAACCUGGUACACAUACUACGUUCCGAUGUCCGCCAUCUUGGAUCACAUACUAAGGAAGUACCUGUGAAUGACCAAAACUGAAUAACUCACUGCAAUCUAGAUAUCAUUAAACAAUAACUUAAACAAUGUUCAAGAAGAAAACGGUUGAGCAAAAAAUGAAGGAACAAGACCGUGAACUGCGGAGAACAAAUCGUGGUAUAGACAGGGAUCGAGUAAAAUUGGAAAGGGAGGAAAAAAAACUAGAAAUGGAAAUUAAAAAAGCCGCAAAACAAGGUAACAAGCAAGCAUGUGCAGUACUUGCAAAACAAUUGGUUGCCCUAAGGAAACAGAAAACAAGAAUGUACGCGACCAGUUCACAGAUCACGUCAAUAGGCGUUCAAGCUAAAACAAUGAAUGCGAACAUGAAGAUGGCCAACGCUAUGGGAGCUACCACAAAGACUAUGACAGCCAUGAAUAAGCAAAUGGAUCCUCAAAAAAUGCAGAGAACAAUGCAACAGUUUGAAAUGGAAAAUUCAAAAAUGGAAAUGUCUGAAGAAAUGAUUAAUGAUACAAUGGAUGAAGUUUUGAAUGAGUCUGGAGAUGAGGAAGCACAAGAUUCUAUUAUUAGCCAAGUAUUGGAUGAAAUUGGUAUAGACAUGACUGGUAAAUUGGCAAAUGCUGCCAGACCUUCACAAAAUGAUCCUUCUGCUUCGAAUGUAACAGAUGAUGAGAUUGAACGGCAGCUUCGUGCCCUAACUGGCUGAAUAGGACAGGAACCACCAUAACACUUAUAUUGUUACAGUCCCUGAAAUAUACAUGAACUUGGUGGUGUUAGUGAUAGACGACUCUUCGCUAAUAUAUGACAGCAGGCAGUAAUAUGAUAUAUGUCGCAGUCCCGUGUCUCUUCACUGAACAAUGCACUUUGUAAUUUUAUAUUCUUGUUCUUUAUGCAGCUAUUAUGUUAUAUAGUAUAUACAAAACUGAAACGAACAUGCUUUUCCUCAGAAAGAGAUGGUAAAGGUAUCCAUAACCUAGUAUCUAUACAAUGGAACGUGAAUUACCAGCCAAUCUUUUGCCUAGUGCUGUGAACAUCGGCCACUGUCCCAAUGGGUUCAAUUUAAUUGCAACGGUGGCCAUCUAUGCUUAGGUAUAGUUUAGCCGCAAAGUAUUGUCAUAUCUCUACCCAGGAUAGAGACUCAAGUAUUGCCUGAAAUUUAAAUGAUACCAGUCAAAUCCGAUAUUUCUUUAGACAAGUCUUCAAAUUCAGGUUCUUUGUCCUUUUUCUAGAAGUUUGCUGAAACAAAGGCUUUAAGGAAAUUUUAUUGGCAACUGUAUACUCUAGCAUUGUAUCAAUAAAAACUAUAAGACGGCCUCUGAAAGGAUUCAAUACGGUACAAUAUUGUCUUUUUGUUAACGAAGACGGUCCAUACAAAGGGCAAGGUUUGUCAAUUGUCAUGUCCCGUUUUUUUGUUUCAUAGGUUAAGCAAAAUGUUAUCCUAACUUUGGGGGCUUAUACAAUCUCUCUCACCAAAUCUUUGAUCUACCGCACCUCGCGUUUAUUGCGUUUGAUACCAUUUUUUGAUUAUCUUCGCUCUCUGUGUACUCUCUCACUCUGUAUUUUCCGUAUAUGAAGAAAUAAACUACUGGCUAAUAUGCUAUUGAGAACACUAA